AUGGGGUGGUUGGGGGGUGGGGGUGGUGUGGGUAUGUGGGGGGGGGGGGGGUGGGGGGGGGGGGGGGGGGUGGGGGGGGGGGGGUUGGUGGGUGGGUUGGGGGGGGGUUUGGGGGUGGGGGUGGGGGUUGGUGGGGGUGGUUGUGGUUGGGUUUGGGUGGGUGGGGUUGGGGGGGGGGUGGGUGUGUGGUGGGGGGGGGGGGUUGGGGGGGGGGUGUUUGGGGUGGGGGUGGGGGGGGGGUGUUGUGGGUGGGGUGGGGGGGGGGGUGGGUUUGGGGGUGGGUGGUGGGGGUGUGGGGGUGGGUGGGGGGGGGUGGUUUGUUGGUUGGAGGGGGGAAUAUAG